AUGUGCCUCAUCGCGGGGGCAGGGUUUGGGGCCCACACUGCCCCUGCGGGAAGGUCCAGGCAGCCCUGGGUGCCCCAUCCCCAGGUACCUGGCGCCGGCUUUGCAGGGCCUCACCCUGGGGAGUGUGGAGGAACUGGUGGGUGCAUUCACCUAAUCCACCUCCCUGUACCCGGGGCAGGCUGUCUACACCCAGGACCCCGUUCCAAACCGGGCAACCUGCUGGGGCUCUUCCAGGGCUUCCCCAUGAGAGGGACCGACAGGCCCACUCCAGAGGGCCUGGACCCUCGUUCCCGGGGGCACCCUUCCCUCUCUCCCUUCACAUCCCAGGGGCGUGGGGGCUCCCGGCCUGAACAUGAGUCAUCUGUUCACGGGACUGAGGUCCCCAAGCGCAGGGCUCCCGGGACAGGCGGGAUGAGGAAGGGGAGAAAGUGCACCUCACUAGCGGAGCCAGCAAGAAAUACCAGCCUGAGCGUUCCGGGGUGCACACGCCCUCCCAAGGACGCUGACCAGCCAGCCACGGGCCCGCGGCUCCCCGGGCCUUGUCACAGCCCCUGGAUUGGACGGGCUAGGCGCCUUGAACGGAAGCUCAAGCGGGUCCCCGGCAACCAGUCUUCAGCCAUCCCGGGGGGCCAAGUCCACCACCACUUGGCCCAGGAGGAGCCCCUGGGGCCCCCGGGGGCUGAGCUGCAAGAACCACGUCGGCAGGAAAAGAGCAGGCGCCCCCUGUGCCCCCGGAGCCGGCUGUGUGUACAGCCCAUGCAGGAGCUCCCUGAGACCCCAGUGCGGGAGCUACAGCCGGGGUCACCUGUUUCUGCCCCUGGAGAGCCGGAGGAAGUCCCAGCAGUGGCCUCCAGCCCAGGGCCCGUGGCACCUACGGGGAUGGCCCGGGGUCUGGGAGAGCCAGAGGCAUGCCUGGAGCCCACGAGCCCCUGUGCUGAGAGUAGCAGCAACAUUGCAGGAGUGGUCUCAGCCCCAGUGCCAGACCCUGAGCUGGAGCCCUGUGAACCAUCGGGCCUGGGGGCCGUGGCAUCUGCCGGGAUGGCACCUGGCCUAGAAGAGCGAGAGGCAUGCCUGGAGCCCACCAACACCUGUGCUGAGAGUACCAGCAACAUCGCAGGAGUGGUCUCAGCCCCAGUGCCAGACCCUGAGCUGGAGCCCUGUGAGCCAUCGGGCCUGGGGACCAUGGCACCUGCCGGGAUGGCACCAGGCCUGGAAGAGCCAGAGGCGGGGCUGGAGACCACCAGCCCCUGUGCUGAGAGUACCAGCGACAUCUCAGGAGUGGUCUCAGCCCCCAUACCAGACCCUGAGCUGGAGCCCUAUGAGCCUUCGGGCCUGGGGCCCGUGCCACCUGCCGGGAUGGCCUGGAGCCGGGGAGAGCCAGAGGCGUGCCUGGAGCCCACGAGCCGCUGUGCUGAGAGUGCCAGCGACAUCGCAGGACUGGUCUCAGCCCCAGUGCCAGACCCUGAACUGGAGUCCCGUGAGCCUUCGGGCCUGGGGCCCGUGGCAUCUGCCGGGAUGGCCCGGGGCCUGGACGAGCCAGAAGUGGGCCUGGAGUCCACCAGCCCCUGUGCUGCGAGCACCUGGGGUGUGCCGAGGGACGAGGUACCGAGCAUCCUGGAGUUUCCCCCCCGCCUGGUGGCUGAGCAGCUGACACUCUUGUGUGCGAAGUUCACCCGCCUCAAAUGA